GGGAAACAAUCGUCCUGAACAAUGGGAGUGACAGGGCUGUGGAUGCUACUUGCUCCCGGGGGGCGACAAGUUUCAAUGGAGAGCUUGAGUGGACAGACACUAGCAGUUGAUGCGAGCAUUUGGCUUACGCAGUUUGUCAAGGCAAUGCGAGACCCAGAGGAUGGCACCAUGUUGAGGAAUGCGCACCUUCUCGGCACAUUCCAUCGUAUAUCGAAAUUGCUGACUCAUGGGAUACGUCCUGUAUUCGUUUUCGAUGGCGAUACACCAGCCAUCAAGCUCAAAACUCUACAACAGCGUCGAUCGCGACGAGAAAAGAGUCAAGAUACCCUCGCACAAGCUGCGAAGAAGCUCCUGAUCAAACAGCAACGCGAGAGGACCUCAAAAAUCACAAUUGCCUCUGUGUCCGAAGAGCCCCGCCCGCAUGCUGAUGAGGCCAUUGAGGACGCUCUAUACAACACGAUAUUAUAUGACGAAAAGGAUGAUGAAAGCCAAAGCGACGACGACUCGACCGGGUUGCCUGGUAUUGAGAGCUUUGAAGCCCACCAACGCGACAUGCGCCAAGAUGCUCGUGAAAAGUUCCUCACGUUGGCAGGCAAGCCAGAGGAGUAUUCAAUGGCUCAAAUCAGCACGUUUCUGAAGGCAAGUAAACUUAAACGUGAGUUGAGCGCUCGGCAGAGUGCCAAUGACUCACCCGAAAGUGGACGGCGCAUUGCCAGUGAGAGCAGCCGUCGAUACGUCUACUCAAAAGCAAGCACAGCCCCAUCUGCGAUGUCGAAGACUCCGAAUCAUCUCUUGGACGCAUCAGACACAACUGUCGGCUUCUCUUCGGAUUAUGUCCGGGUGCAAUCCGAAAUCCGGUCAGUCAAAUCCCUCGAUGACGACUCGACUACUGCGAAGAAAGGAGAUUCGAUUACCUACGGGAGUCCGAUCAAACUCGAUACCAAGCAUCCAAGUUGGUUUUCGGGCGGGGAAGUCCCCACCAGCACGAGAUCGAUCGACUUGACACCUUUAAACGGCAGUGCCUCCCCUGAGAAAGUUGAAGUGCUGUGUGCAGGCGAUCCAGAGGGAGCCCUGGAAUUCCAAGCUCCAUCUGCCGAUACGCCAACUGCAACUCCACGAAUUCCAAUACCCACUGCGGUUACUACGCGAACAGCACCCACACCGACAUCGGAUACCGUGGAAGAAACGGAAGUGGAGGACAAAGAGCUCAUCAAAGUGAGCACGUCCGAUGAGGACUCCGACAUUGAGUGGGAAGAUGUCGAAACCUCCGAGAACGUCGAACUGUUGGAUAAAAUCGAUGAUGUUCAAUCCAUCCUUCAAGACGACAACACGGACUCUGCUUGGAAACAUGACGAACAAGACCGAGCGACCUCCAAUGUUGUUGCAACCCCUGCCAACGACCAAAGAUUUGAUUCCACUGGCGAAUUGAUUGGACGUUCGAUUGAGCUAGGGCGCGUUGAUUCGGAAGAUGAAGGGGGCAACGACGUGACAACAAGUGCACUGCAAGCCGCUAUGUCUACCGCCACAAAUCUUACCCAGUGGGCAGCCGGUGCUGUAAAACGAGCCAUCUUGGCACAUAAACAAUUGGGAACUCAGUUCGAGGCAGCAGCAAACCAACAAGUGGAAAGCCCGUCCAAGCUGCAGGAUCCAGACGCGAUGCGAUACCUGCCUCGAGUGGCGCCAUUACGUGUUGCCACUCUGGAGUUGCGACCAGAGCCCGUGUUGAGUGCCUCACCCUCCGACGUCGACAUUCCCAACUCGUUGGACGAUCUCUCAGCGCAGUCCGAGUCUGAUCUCAGGCAGCUUCGAAACCAAAAGUUGCGCGAUGUGGAUGGAGUGACCGACGAGAUGAAGAACCAAGUGAUGGAUCUACUUCGAUUGUUUGGUGUGCCGUUCUUGGUUUGCCCGAUGGAAGCUGAAGCGCAGUGCGCUACGCUGGAGCAACUCGGCCUUGUCCAAGGAAUCAUCACAGACGAUAGUGACAUUUUCGCGUUUGGUGGCAAGAAAGUCUACAAGAACAUGUUCAAAGAUUCGAAAUUCGUGGAAGCUUAUUUCGCCUCUGACCUCGAGCGAGAAUUGGGGCUUGACCAAGACCGGAUUAUUGCAUUGGCUCUCUUGCUCGGAAGCGACUACACGGAUGGGAUUAACGGCAUCGGGAUCGUAAAUGCAGCUGAAAUAGUUGCUGCCUUUGGUGGACUGGACGGCUUGGGCGAGUUCAAGAAAUGGGUAAACGAGUACGAUAUCCUCGAAGCCACAACAAAACAAAAGAAGCUCACGCCAGCAGAAUUAUCUGCUCUGAGUCCACUGGAUCGGUUCAAGUGUACUCACCACACCAUUCGCCGCAACUGGAACGUCAGCGACAUCUUUCCCAACCCUCAUGUGGUCAAGGCAUACCGAUACCCCAACACCGACAAGUCCACUGCGCGGUUCAGUUGGGCUGUACCUGAUUUGGCAAAUCUGCGCGUGUUUUGCGGUCAAGUAUUUGGAUGGCCACUGGAAAAAGUGAAUUCGAAACUCAUUCCAGUCGUGCACGCUGUGUCGCGUGGCUUCGAAGCUCAAACCCGCAUCGACAGCUAUUUUACAACGUACAACGACAAUGUGAAAUAUGCCAAGAUUCGAAGCAAGCGAUUAAAAACGGUUGUGGAGGAGAGCAAAGAUGCCAAAAAAUCGCGGAAGAAAUAAUCCGACUUGUAAAUUUUAUUGCUUUGCCUCCUGCUUUGUGCUCACCACAUUUGGGCCAUUUGACACUGCCCCAUCCGCGGCUGCCGCGGCCUUUUUCUGCGCCCUCUGCGUUUCGAUCCGAGUUUGCACGAUUGCCGUGAAAUCCACCAUGUACGACGCUAUCACAUCCAAGUCCGCCAUGGCUUUGCGUCCAUUCUGCAAUAGUUCCAAGUCUUCGAUCUUGUCUUGGUCGCCCCCAACGGUGUGUCCAUGUUCUUCGUUCGGGGCGAGCACAUCCUUUACUUCGAUGUGCUUCAAGAUGGUCCCGUGAAUUCCGCACGUCGACCUCUGCAAUAAAUUGCCCACAGCCAUCAAAAUCUGGCCGACUUCGAGUGUUUUAUCGGACGUGAUUCGAAUCGUCGUGUCGACCUAGAAAAGUCACACGUCGGUCAGUGUGCGCAGCUGACCGGGAACACCCCACCUCGUG